UUAAACCCUCGCCGUCUUUCCCAUUUCCCCCCGUCCCCUCCUCUAGGGUUUUCACCGAUGGCGAUGGCGUCGACUUCGCGCGCGCUCCGCCUCGCCAGGCUCUCCUCGCCCCUCCGCGGCGCCGCCGCCUCCCGCCCCCUCCGCCCGCUCGCCGGCGCGUCAGGGAGCCUCCUCCCAGCGGCGCUGCGUCCCUCCUCCGAGCCCGCCAGGUUCUUCGCGACGCAUCCCGCCACGUCCUCGCUGCGGGACUCGUCGCCAAACUGGACCAACCGGCCGCCCAAGGAGACGAUCCUCCUUGACGGAUGCGACUUCGAGCACUGGCUCGUCGUCAUGGAGCCGCCCCCGGGCGAUCCGGGGAACCCCGAAGUCACCCGCGACGAGAUCAUCGAGAGCUACAUCAAAACCCUCGCCCAGGUCGUCGGAAGCGAGGAAGAAGCAAGGCACAAGAUCUAUUCAGUGUCAACUCGGCAUUACUUUGCUUUUGGAGCCCUCGUCUCUGAGGAACUUUCCUACAAACUAAAAGAAUUGCCCAAGGUCCUCUGGGUUCUUCCUGAUUCAUACUUGGAUGUGAAAAACAAGGACUAUGGAGGAGAACCUUUUAUAAAUGGUGAAGCUGUUCCUUAUGACCCUAAGUAUCAUGAGGAGUGGGUGAGAAACAAUGCACGUGCCAAUGAAAGAUCCCGGCGCAAUGAUAGGCCUCGUAACUUUGAUAGGUCAAGGAACUUUGAGAGGAGACGAGAGAACAUGCAGAACUUCCAGAACAGAGAUGCAUCCCCUGGGCAGGGAUUUAACACUCCCCCACCAGGGCAGAACCCGAUGCCACCCCGCGAAGCUCCUCCAAUGCACCAUGCUCAGGGCAGCAUGCCGCCACCUCCACCGCCAAAUGCUGGCACUCCACCAACCUACCAGCCCCAUGCACCAAACACACAAGCUGGGUAUGCACCAGGAGGUGGACAAAACUAUCAGCAAGGUUUUCCUUGCAACCCUGGCUACCAAGGUGGCCCUCCUGGCAAUCAAGCUGGCAACCAAGGCUACCAAGGUAACCCUGGUGGCAACAUGCACAGUGGCCCCGGCCCUGCUUAUCAGAGCAACAACCCUGGAUAUCAAGGUGGAGGGCCAGGUUACCAGGGUGGCAGGCCGCCUCCUUUUCCAGGUGGCGGCCAACCACCUUUUCCAGGUGGUGGCCAACCCCCUUUUCCAGGUGGCAAUCCUUCUUACCAAGGUGGCAGCCCUAGCUAUGGCGAUGGCGCACCAGGCUACCAAGGCCAAGCUGGCAACCCAAGCUACCAACAAGGUGGCGGUAACUACAACGCAGGUGCACCAACCUAUGAAGGGAGGGACGGACCAGGGAGGAAUUACCAGUAGUAGAACACUUCUAGAAGAGACGGUCUGUAGAAGCUAGUAUGGGCUCGCCCCAGUUGCUUCAUUAUGUUUUCAUGGACUCUAUGCAUAUAUACUUAAGCUAUGCCUCGACAAGUCGGUUUCAAAUGUGUCGAACUAGUAUGUCGAUGUGUCUGAAACUGGUGAUAGUUCACAUUAAUGGUUCCACUUCUACCGCUGCCUGUUUGGGUAAGAAGGGCCUUUUGUCGAAAUAAGUACAUUGGUUACUGUGCUA